AUGCGCACUGUCUCCGUUCGGGAGAUGGGUGCUUGUCGGGGUUUGGGCCGCGUCUGGGGUGGCUGGCGGCGGGGGCCGGGGGUCCGCGCAGCGCCCGAGGCCGCAGGCUUUGGCACCGAAGCCGGACAUCAGCUGCGACGUCGAGGAUCCAGCAAACGGUCGGGGCCCCUGGGGGACCAGGCAUUCCCGGGGCUGCUGCAGCUAGAGAACCUCAGUCGGGAGGGGCUGGUUGAUGUGCUGAGGGCAGCCGUAGUGGACCAGAAAGGACCUCUCGUGACACUGAAUAAGCCACCGGGUCUACCAGUGACAGGAAAACCAGGGGAGUUGACGUUGUUCUCGGUGCUGCCAGAGCUGAGCCAGUCCCUGGGGCUUAGAGAUCGGGAGCUCCAGGUUGUCCAAGCAUCUGGGAAAGAGACCUCUGGGCUUGUACUCCUCUCCAGCUGCCCUCAGACAGCAAGCCACCUCCAGAAGUUCUUCAUCCACUCACGGAGAGCCCAGAGACCCACAGCCACCUACUGUGCUGUCACCGAUGGGGUCCCAGCUUCUCCUGAGGGGCAUAUCCAAGUCGCUCUGAAGCUGGAACACACUGAUGGCGUUGAUCUAGUAAUUCCAGUGAAGUCCCCAUCCCGAAAGGACUUCCAAGAAGGUGUCAAGAGGACCCUCAGCCACUUCCAUGUGGUGGCCAGGGGCUCUGGCUGUGCCCUGGUCCAGCUGCAGCCACUGACAGUGUUCCCCAGUCAGCUGCAGGUACACAUGGUACUACAGCUGUGCCCUGUGCUUGGGGAUCACACAUACUCCGCCUGUGUGGGCACUGUCCUGGGCCAGCGCUUUCUACUGCCAGCCAAGAGCACCAAGCCCCAAAGACAGGUUCUGGAUGAAGCCCUCCUCAGACGCCUCCACCUGACCCCUGCCCAGGCUGCCCAGCUGCCCUUGCAUCUCCACCUGCAUUGUCUCCAUCUUCCAGGCAUGAGGCCCAGGGAGGCCCCCAUGAAGCUUCUGGCACCCCUGCCCCCUUAUUUCUCCAGGACCCUACAGUGCCUGGGGCUCCACCAACAAUAGUCCUCUUUCUGUUCCU